UUUUACUUCUGCAAUUUGGGUGGAAUUGCAAGAGCCUGUGUCGUCUCCAAACAAGCAUGGCGAAAAAGGCAAAAGGGUCUCACUCAACUUCUUCGGCCUCUGCCUCUUCCGCUUCUGGUAAACUAGUUUUGAGGAUUAAAUCAAAUGAGGGAAUCAAGAGAUCAGUGCGGCAGACUAAUUCAAGAAAGAAACCCAAAGCAAAACUAAAGAAGAACAGGCGGAAGUUUGAUGCUAUGAAACCGAAGAAACCUCCUACAGCUUUCUUCUACUUCUUGGAGGAUUUUCGUAAAGAAUUUCAAGAGAAGAAUCCAGAUGUAAAGUCAAUGCGUGAUAUUGGCAAGGCAUGUGGAGAGAAGUGGAAAACAAUGACUUAUGAGGAGAAGGUUCAAUACUACGAUGUAGCAACAGACAAACGUGCAGAGUUUGAUAGAGCAAUGGCAGAAUAUAACAAGAAAAGAGAAAGUGGAGAGUUUGAUGAAACUGACGAAGAAUCAGGGUCUGAUGAGUAAAACAAACUUUUUUUUUCUAAAGGUUGAACCUGUAUUAAUUGAAACUAGUUGGACUAACAGUUGUACAUUCAGUUAUUGUCUCUCCUUGUUGAUAAUUAUCAUUUCUGUGUCAUAUGUAAAGUAUAUUAGUUAUAUUUAGAUGUUUAAAAUGACAAUUUGGACAUAUAUAUUGAGAGAUCAAAUAGUGAGUAAAAAUCAGAGAGAAAACUUAACUGGUGCACUUGAUUCAUUUGAGUGUAACACUAUGUUCUUGUGUCAACCUAGUAUUUAGAGAUACCUUCAAAAUAUUAGAUUCUUGAAUGUUAUUAUGUAAUGACUUUCUUGUGUUUACAUGCUGGAGUGGUGUGCUUA